CGAAGCAUGUAUCUCCUCUGUUGUGCCCCUCACGUGACUGCCACAUAUUUUUUUCUCUCUCAACUACACGGCUUUCUUCCUCCUCCAGCUACCUCAAUAUCUCCAUGAAACAAAUCAAUGUUACAUCCAUUGCUAGUGACAGUUACAUCCAACAAGAUCAGGGUGGAGUCCUGCACCUCUUCCUUGAGGACCUUGCAGCCGGAAGAUGACGAGGGGAUCAGGAAGGUAGGAGCAGAUGUCGCGGAGUAUUCCAAUGGACCCUCUUCUUCCUCUCCUGGUUCCAGCCGCCCCACCACCACUGGCACUGUUGUUGCUCAUGCGGAUAGGACGAUGGAGGAGGUGGCGGAGGAAGCAGGGGAGGGCUUCGCGGCCUACUGUAGGCGCGGCAAGGGUCGGAACCGCCAGGCUGCCUCCGUCACGCUGGGAGGUUGUUCGCCGUCUUCGAUGCCCGGAGAUGGAGGACCGCCACGCCGCCUCCUCGCGCUGGCCUCCACCAUGGCCGCGACCCAGCAGUGGGCGGCGCUGUACCCGCCGCCGACGUGCGCGUUCCCAAAUCCGCAGCUCCGCGUCGCCCCAACAUCUUCUGCGCCCCGCACACCACCAUCCUCGGCGCGCCGCUCGUCUUCGUCGGCCUCGACCUCAACAGCGCCGAUCUGCCCGGUUUCCUCCCUCCCCGACCUCGCCUUCCUCCACCUCAACUCCAAUCGCUUCUACGAGGUUGGGGCGCUCUGGCGGGGGUGGGCGUGGAGCCGGGUCGCGCCAGCGGCGGUGGGAGAAGCCGGGGGUAGGGCCGAGGGUGGGGCGUGCCGGAGGUGGUGGGGGAGGCUAGGGAAGGCGCCCCGGCGGCGGCGUGGAGGAAGGAGGCGUGCGGGGCUCCGAUGGGGGAGGGAGACGCACGAGAAGAGAGAUAAGGAACGAUGGGCGUGGACGUGUCAGUGGAUAAGGUUCAGAGGGGGUGAGAAGUGAGCACUCCGGGUCGCUAGAAAGUGCCCAGGCA